GGCAGUGCUCCGGCGCUCACUCACAGCAGCGGAAGCGGCGGCGCAGCGCGCUGAGUUCGGCGACAGUAAUGAUGAUGAUGAUGAUGAUGGACCCGCUGGACGCGGUUCUGGACGAGGUGGCGCUGGAGGGUUUGGACGGCAUCAGCAUUCAGACCCUCUGGCUGCGGCUGCGGAGUCGACAGCCCGAGUUCGGUCUGAAUCUGGACCCGCUCAGUCAGCAGUUCAUCUGGAGCUGCUUGAUCCGAACCGCGGAGAUCCGCUUCUACCUGCUGCCGGAGAACCGGAGAGCCGUGACUCUACACGACCGGUUUGUGGAGGUGGACCGGGACACGGGGAUCCAGGAGCUGCGAGAGCUGCGAGAGGCCGAGCCGCUGGAGGUGUACCCGGUGAGCGUGGUGACGGGUGCGGCCGGGGUCCAGGGCUCCUGUCUGCUCUUCAGAGAGCGUGUGGAUGUGAGCGAGCAGACCCGGAGCGCUGAGCUGACUCUGGAGCAGGUGCAGAGCCGGUGGGGCGAGCGGCUGGUGCUGGUGGCGUCUCAGGAGCGGCGCUAUAGAGCUCUGAUCGGAGCCGAGGGAGACCCCGAGCUCAAGCUGCCCGACCCGUGCUACUGCAUCCUGGAGAGACUGGGCCGCGCUCGCUGGCAGGGGGAGCUGCAGAGAGACCUGCACACUCGCAUCUUCAGAAUGGAUGCGGGGAAGAUGCAUUACCUGAGGAGGACUCUGGACAGGAAUGGGCUGAUCACGCUGCAGUCACACGUGGCUCGCCUGCCGUCUGGAGCACAACAACACUCCCUGCUGCUGCUGCUCAAGCGCUUCCACGUAGACAGGAGGAGUAAGUAUGAUAUCCUGAUGGAGUCCACGUCUAACUUCCUCUCUGAGCUGCCUGACAAGACCGGCAUCAUGAUGAAGAUCCGGGAGCAGCUGCGUGUGAGCGAGCGCACCUUUAAGCGCGUGUAUCAGUACAUGAUGGCUGCUAAGAUGGUGAGCGUGGUGAGGAUUCCUCUGAAGGAGCUCGACCCCGGCGGAGGCCCCUUCAAAACGCUUCGAGGCACUGACGUGUUCGUGCGCUGUCUGAAGCUGCUGAAACCGUACGGACAGAAGGAGGUGGAGGAGGAGGAGGACGAGGAGAACAACGAUGAAGACGGAGAUGUGUGCGCCAGGAGGAGCGUCCUCAGCGAGCCGCGCAUCAUCGAGCGAGACAUGCUCACGCAGGCCUACGACAUCGUGGUGUCGACCGGGACCAGAGGGAUCUCUCAGUCGGCGCUGCGAGGACGACUCAACCUCGGGAAGCUGGAGGGACGCAUGAUCUGCAGAUUACUGGAGCGAAUCGGCAUGAUCAAGGGCUUCAUGGAGGACGAGGGCCGGCAGAGAACCACCAAGUACAUCAGCAAGCUGUUUGUGGAGCAGAGUCAGCUCAACCAGCAGUUCACUAAAGAGCGGCAGCGCAGCCAGCACCUGCGCGUCACACACCUCUCCGAACCCGAGCCCCAGAGCCGAGCGGAGCCGGGGCCCCCCGCCGGGGCCCCUGAGCAGCAAGUGAAGAAAGCGCCGCAGAAAACACACAUACCCAAGCAGCUCAAACAGCCCAAACUCAGCUUCAGCAAACAGGCCACGCCCCCCAAAAAGAAGUCCUCGGCGCGAGUGGGUGGGGCUAAAGCCUCUCAGAAGGCUGAGGCUGCUGACUCCGCCCCCAGCACGAGCGCCAGCCAAUCACAGCAGCCGGAGGAUACGCAGCCGGUGAUUGUGGAGGUGCUGACGGAGGUCAGUAAGUGGAAGAAGGCGGAGGUUCACGAGACGUAUCGCCUGCUGAAACGCAAGAACAUGAUCAUCGAGGCGGUGCGCUGCAGCAAGAUCAUCGAGGGCUUUUACACGCUGCAGAAGCUGCUGACGGAGGAGGAGAAGAAGGACGGCAUCAGCACCAAAGUGUGUAAGAAGAGCGUGGUGAGGCUGAUCCGCUCGCUGUCUCGAGAGGGGCUUCUCAAACUCUACAGGACCAUCGUCAUACAGGACGGAGUGCAGAAGAAGGUGGAGUUCGUGGUUCACCCGUCUGUGACGCCUGAUGACCCGCUGCUCAAAAGUGCUAUAGAGCAGAUCCGCCUGCGCAUGUCCAGCUCUGCCUCGGCCGCCCGCGCUGAGCCUCAGCCGGAGAAGCCGAAGCCCAGCGCUCCGGAGGGGAAGGAGAGUAAAGCGUCGCGAGCGUCUCAGAGCAGCGGCCUGAAGAAAGUGUCCGAGCAGAUGGGCGUCAAAACGCUGAAGUCCUUCAAGCCGGUGCUGGUUCCAGGACUCGGCCGCUCCAUGGGCUUCCUGCCCAAGAUGCCCCGUCUGCGCAUGGUGCACUCCUUCCUGUGGUACCUGAUCCACGGCCAGCCGCUGCGCCGCUGUGCUCCGGACGCUCCGCCGCCAGAGGAGGACCCCUGUGUGACUGAAGGACAGUUCAGGGUGUUCGUGAAGGAGAACAGCUGGAAGAGGUACAUUCCUCCCAUCCCGCUGCACAAGGACUUCGGCUUCGGCUGGGCUCUCAUCAGUGAUGUGCUGGUGUCUCUGCCGCUCAGUGUCUUCAUGCAGGUCGUGCAGGUCAACUACCAGGUUGAGGGUUUGGAGCAGUAUCUGAAAGAUCCAGUGAAGCAGCAUUAUCUGAUCCGAUUCCUGCCUGCUGAGAUUAAACGACAGCUGCUGCACAAGAGGAAGUACAUCUUCAGUUUCCACGAGAGUCUGCAGCGGUUGUGUUUCAUGGGUCUGCUGCAGUUUGGCCCCACUGAGAAGUUCAUGGAUAAAGACCAGGUUUUUGUGUUCCUGAAGUCGAAGGCCAGGAUCGUGGACACGACGGUGUGUGACCCGCACUAUAACAUGGCCAUCGAGAGCCUGCGUCUGUUUGAGAGGAGACACUACGUGUUCAGCAGCGCGCAGGAGGUGGAGAACUACUGGUUCGACCUGCUAUGUGUGUGUCUCAACACUCCUCUAGGUACAGACACACCGCCUGCAUUAACAGUGCGCUUCCUUUGGUUCACUGAGCUGCUCACUGAAACCCAAAAGACAGGAACCCAUCCUACGGUCAGACUGAGGAACCUGCUGUCCAAACUCCCUCCGCCCAAACCUGCCACGCUCACCGCGGCUCAGAGCGGCGUGAAGGCGGCGCCCCCUGCUGUCCUGGAGGAGGAGGUGCGCACCAGCUCAGAGCCGUCCAGCAGGAACCAGGAGGUGCGCGGAGGACGAAACCUCAAACGCAAGAGAGAGAAGAAGGAGAGCAGCAAACCCACCCGCAAGAAGAAGAGAGUGUCAGUGCGCGCAAGCAGACAGAGCCAGGCUCAGGACGAGACGGACCGCCGCGCUCUCCUGCAGAUGACCAGACAGAGAGUAACCUGGACACACAUGGAGGACAGCCUGCUGAUGCUGUGCCGCGUCGCCAGCCACUUCCUCAACCGCAAGCUGAAGAGGCCGUUCGUGCCCUGGACGGUGGUGCGUGACGUGCUGCACGCUGAGUUUGAGUUAUCUCUGGAUAAAACAUCGCUGUCUGUCGGCCGACGCGCACGCUACAUCAUGAAGAACCCACAGACCUGCCUGAACUACAGGAUUUGUCUGGCUGAGAUGUAUCAGGAUAAAGAGCUGAUGGCCAAAUUCAUGAACUGGACUGGCGACUAUAAUGAUGUGAAGGUGUGUGCUGCGGAGUAUAAGGAGUUUGUUCGCUCUCUGAGGUCAAAGUUCAGCACCAGCUAUGGCUCCAGCGACGUCAUCAUACCAGACACCAGAGAGCAGCUCUUCAACAAGUACACACACACACACACACACACACACACACACACACUCACUCACUCACUC